UGGUGGUGGGCCGGCCCGAAGAGGGAACCUGGUUGCAGAAAGAAAACCCGGCGUGGCUGCCUGCCAUGGAUGACCCGCCUGCGGAGGCGGCAGGUGCAGCCGAGGGCCGUGGCCCACGCGUCGGCGAGAUGAGCGUGCGGCUCUGUCGCGACCAGAGCGGCCAGCACAAGGGCCAGAAGUACCCGGGGCUGUUCCUGCUCAAGCUGACUGGCAACCCGAAGCACAGGGGUGGGCUCACAGUCGCCGAGCUGCGAAAGUCGUCUGCGCAGGACGAGCGCAAGAAGAUCCGCGUCGACGAUCGCGUCACGCAGAUCAAUGGCGCUCCCGUCGGCACCUUCCAGUCGCUCGAGGCGGUCAAGGAGUACAUCCGGACGCAGGAGACGCUGAUGCUGCACGUUGAGCGGCGCGAGGUGCAGCUGCGCCAGCGCGGCAUCCGGCGCGAGGCGCGAAAUCACCUCGAGGGCGUCCUGUUCCAGCAGCCGCAGCUCGCCGCCCUCGUCGCCCACGUCCCAGCCGCCAUGCCCGCCGACUGGUACGACACGCUCGACGUGCGGGUGCACACGCUGUCGCUGCUCGCCACCGCCGCCGGCGCGGCCGCCGCGGAGGCCGCCGCCCGCAUCGCCGCCAACGACGACCGCGCUCGCUCCGAGAUUCGGUCGGAGGACGUGGAUGCGCUCUGGCGCUCUUCGUACGACGAGCGGGUGGCGCGCGAGGCGGCGGGUGUGGUGGACGGGACGCGCAAGGUGUGGAUCCGGCUGCAGAUGGUCGAGUCGGGCGACUCCAAGGAGACCGAGGGCCAGCCCCCAAUCUUUGACCCGUCGGGGAUCGUCCACUUUCGGAGCUCGGAGGUGCUGCGGCUGCGCAUCAACCCGCUCGGGGACACACUCCGCGUCUGCCUCAUGCAGCGGCCAGGCCUGCUGCCGCGCGAGCUCGCCUCGUGUGAACUCGUGCCAAAGGCACUGGACAGCGGCAAGCCGUCCGGAGAGCGGCGCGUCGUCGAUUUGCCCCACCUGCAGCUCAAGCUGCCAAUCUCGGAGGACCUCGUCGGCGUGUGCCACAUCUCCGCGCGCCACGCGACAACGUCUGCCAUCGGCCGCGACACAGCCACGCGCAGGCUGCAGGCCACCUUGCGAGUGGUGCGCCCGAGGACCGAGUUCCUGCGCACGCGCCGGCUGGUCUGCGCCAUCCAAGCGCAUUGGCGCGGCGUCACCGCGCGGAGGGUGGCGGCACGCUACCGCAUGAGCGGCGUGAACGCGGCCGCCAAGCGCAUCCAGGCGCUCGUGCGCGGCCGGUCGGCGCGGUGCGUCAAGAAGCAGCUCCGAGACGCGUUGCUCGGCGGGCUGCCCCCGCUCGAGGUGCGCCUUCUGCUCGAGCCUCUCCUCGUCGUCGACGUCCUCACCGAGCGCCUCCCAGCUGCGAUGCGAUCUCUCGCGCAGUGGACUCUCGUACUCGACCCGCCAGCCCGCGCGCUGCACUGGCGCUACCCUGCCCCGCAGGCGGCGGCGUUGCAGGCGCACGCCAAGCUCGACCAGGCGAGCCGUGCCGCCGCCGCGUCCCUCGGGCGUGCGCGCGAUCGCAUUGCGGCGCAGGCGGGGCGCGGAGCUGCCCGCGCGGCGCACACUUUCCACUACCGCUGCCGCCGCAUCUU